AUGCCGAUGCGUCGCCUCAGCACGAGGUCCCGAACGGACCGCGACAAUGGAAGCCUCCUCGCCCCCGACACCUACGAUGACGACGCCUCAUCCCUACACAGCCGGAGCGACCAGGACAGCGACAGCGACGAUGACCAGCUGCAAUUGCGCGCGCGUAACAGCCGCGAGCUGCGCGCUGCCGAUAGUCUGGUGUUCAUGGAGGAGGAGGAGGUCGAGACGCUUGUCGCGGAGACGCGCAAGAGGCAGGAAUUACAGCGCCGAGGGUCUGGCCUCGCUGUGCCGAAUCCCCUGAAGCUGUUCGGCCGCGGGGCAGAUGGCCAACGUCCCGGUUCCAGCAACGGCUCGUCCGAAGAUCUUCUCAACGAGAAAGAAAAGCGCCAACAGCGCCGCACUAGGAGGAAACAAAAGAAAGAGCGCCUACUGGAGAAGGCUACCCACGGCGAGGACGGUGAACUAAUGUAUGAGAUGGAAGAAGGAGGCAUGAAGGAGGGCAGCUCGACCGGCGAGAGCAGCGAACGGGACGACAGCGACGAGAUCGACCGGCAGCGGCUGAAAAUGGUGGCCAACGCGAAGACGGAUAAGCGACGUUCUUGGCGACGGUGGUUGCUAGUUCACAGCUUGAUUGCCACCGGCUUCGCGAUACUUGUCUUGGUGGCGUGGAAGCUGUCUCUGGGGAGAAAGCCGGCGCACAAGGUGGAGCUCGUCAGUAAUGGCACGGCGCUUUUUGCGCCGACGACCAUUAUCAUCAGUCUCGAUGGUUUCCGUGCCGACUUCUUGCAGCGGGGUAUCACGCCGAGAUUAAGCGCAUUUGUUAAUGAGGGUGUGUCACCAAAGUACAUGCUCCCUGCCUUCCCGUCCGUCACGUUUCCGAACCACUACACUCUAGCGACGGGGCUACACCCUGAGAGCCACGGAGUCGUGGGAAAUACGUUCUGGGACCCCGAUAUGCAGGCUGAGUUCUAUUAUACCGACCCGAGCCGUAGUCUGGAUCCGAAGUGGUGGAAGGGCGAGCCCUUUUGGGUGACGGCGGAGAGGCAGGGCAUCCGGUCCGCAAUUCACAUGUGGCCUGGUAGUGAGGCGCACAUCCUUGGUGUUGAGCCAACCUUCAUGGACAAGUUCAACGGUAAGGAGCCGCUUGACAACAAGGUUAGCAGGAUUUUGGAGUUCCUCGACAAGCCUGGCAUGGAAGACAAGACUGCCAAGGUCGAGGACAUGCGGCCUCAGCUCAUUGCGGCGUACGUGCCCAACGUCGACGCAGAUGGCCACAGAUACGGCCCCAACAGCACGGAGAUUCGCGUCACCAUCGAGACCACCGAUACCAUGAUGGACAAGCUCUUCCUUGGACUCGAGCAGCGCAACCUUACUGGCAUUGUCAACGUCAUCGUUGUGUCUGACCACGGCAUGGCCACGACGGAUACGACACGGCUGAUGCAGCUCGAAGAUCUCGUCGAUACCUCCAAGAUCGCGCACACUGACGGCUGGCCUCUGUACGGACUCCGCCCGAAGAAUCCUGAUGACCUCCAGGGGCUCUAUGAUGGUCUGGUUGAGAAGGCCAAGACGAACCCCAACUUCGACGUCUACCUCCGAGAUGUGAACAUGCCCGAGCGGUACCACUUUUCCAACAAUAAGCGCAUCGCGCCGCUUUGGAUCGUCCCCAAGGCUGGCUGGGCCAUUGUCACGAAGGAUGAAAUGGACGUGGCGAAGGCGUUGAAGGACGGCUCGGUUUACCACCCUCGCGGCUUACACGGAUAUGAUCAUGAGCACCCUCUCAUGCGAGCCAUCUUUAUUGCACGCGGACCAGCUUUCCCUCAUCCCCCAAACAGCCAAAUCGAUGUCUUCCAAAACAUCAACGUGUACAAUAUUCUCUGCGAUUCUGUCGGUCUUAUUCCUGAGCCAAACAACGGAACUCUGCGUCUGCCUCUUUCGCCUAUCGGCACUCACAAGCUCGAGGACACACCAGCGGAGCCCGAGGACCCGGUUCCUCCGUACACGACUACCACUUCUGAGAUGGCCGCUUCGACAACAUCACCGGUAGCUCAGUCAACAACUACGGAUAAGUCCAUCCAAGUGGACCCCGUUCCUCAGCCCUCGUCAACAAAGGCAGCAACAGAUGGCAACCAGACCGAUGAUGAUGAAGUGAGCCAAGGCGCCGAUGAGGACGCGAUACAGAAGGGCAAAGAAGCCAUGAAGGGGUUCUGGGACUGGCUUACGGAUAAGUUUGGCAAGGUCUGGGAUAAGAUUAGCGGAUCCAAAGGGGAUGAUGAAUCAGAGGAGAAGGAGGGUUCGGAAUAA